AUGAGCUCGUCCAACGCCGGCACCGUCGUUUCAGAGGCCGUCUUGACCCAGAUUCUUACUCAGCUCGAGUCGCUCACCAUUUCUAAUCAAGUUCUACAAGCAAAGGUCGAUGCGCUGAGUUCUGCCGGCCGUCCUUCUGCCCCUGUUGCUGUCCCGAUCAACCAAACGAGCUCCCCAGCCGUCACAAUCAACGGAUCUUUUCCAUCUGGAUCACCUCCAAUGACAACUUUUGGUCUCUCGCCGCCCGCCACCGUCCUCCAACGGCCCCCAGCGCAGCCAGCGCCCGUUUCGCAGGAUCGCGAAAAGGUCCUCUACCCUCAACGUGUUAUUCUUACCACAUACCCAGACCAAACAGGAAUUCGUCCCGUUCCGCUCAAUUGGGGUGCCCAGGAUCCCAAAGUACGCGGACCCGUCGUUCCCUCUCGUCUUCCAGCCUCGAUCAAGCUUCGCAACGCGAUUGGUGCACACUCUGGCUCAUACUCGAUCUACCGAGCCCUCGCAAUCGCACUCGGCAACCUCAAUCCGACACACAAGCCCUCGUACGCCAACACUGAGCCACCCGUCGCCAUCCCGCCACAGCCGGCCUGGUUUGACCCGCGAAAGAUUGUGUCGUUUGAUCCAUGGGGACAUCUCGUCCCCCAGAUUUGGGCAGAGCAGAUAGAAGCCGGUCUCGACAUUCGUCCCAGUAUCGCUGUCACAAAGGCGCAUAUCAAGCUGAGCGAGCUUGACGAGGCGGCGAGAAAGGGAACGAUCAAGGUCGAUGGCACACUCGUGAUCAAGAGCCGACCUAUUCUCAAUGCAGAUUAUACAGAGUCGGAUGUGGAUCCUGGUGUAGAGUUGGCGUGCAGUAAAGCCGCCGUCGAGCCCGUGUGGUUCUUGCCUGGUGUCGCCGAGCGAUUCAAAAUUUCAGAGGGUCUCUUGAGGCGCGCCUUGUUCGAGGAUACGGGAGGAAUGUAUCCAGAGCUCAUCACGCGUCCGGAUAUCAAAGUCUUCCUCCCGCCCAUUGGUAAUCUGACCGUCUACAUCUUCGGCAAACCAGAAUACAUGAGCGACACAUCCAAGGAACUGACAUUGCGUGUGCACGACGAGUGCAACGGCUCAGACGUCUUUGGCUCGGACAUUUGCACUUGCAAACCCUAUCUCAUCUUUGCCAUUGAAGAAUGUAUCCGAACCGCACAGCGUGGUGGUGUCGGCGUCGUCGUCUAUUUCCGCAAAGAGGGUCGAGCGCUCGGCGAAGUGACAAAGUAUCUCGUGUACAAUCUCCGAAAGCGUGGCGGCGAUAGCGCCGACAAGUACUUCAAGUCGACCGAGAUGAUUGCGGGCGUCAAGGAUAUGCGGUUCCAAGCACUCAUGCCAGACGUCUUACAUUGGCUCGGCAUUCAAAAGAUUGACAACAUGAUCUCCAUGAGCGACAUGAAAUACAACGCCAUUGUAUCCUCUGGCAUCCCGAUCCUCAAGCGAUACGACAUUCCCGACCACCUCAUCCCGCCCGACUCGCGCGUCGAGAUUGACGCAAAAAUUGCUGCUGGCUACUUUUCGAGCACAAAGGCCAUUACUCAAGAGGACCUCGCAAAGACGGUCGGUCGUGCAUGGGAAGAGACGGAGCAUUGA